UUCAAUUGAACUCCAGUUGACACAGUCCAUAGUCUAAUAGUGUUCCCAACACCCUUGCUGACCAGAUCUCCAGUCACAGUAGUCAUGUCUCAGAAACCGUCCCACGUCGAGGAAUGUAUCAAAAGUUACAAGUACAUCUUCCAGACGGAAUUACUCCGAGGGAAAGUUGCCUUUAUCACUGGAGGUGGAACAGGGAUAUGCUUCACUAUUGCAGAGGUUUUUAUGAGACAUCAGUGCGAUACUGUGAUAUGUAGUCGCAAAUUUGACAAGUUGAAGGAAUCAGCAGAGACGUUGUCCAAGGCUACAGGCCGGAGAUGUGUCCCUGUACAAAUGGAUGUUAGGAACCCGGAAUCCAUCUUAAAAGCUGCAGAUACCGCUCUUACAGAGUUUGGGAGAAUAGAUUACCUAAUUAAUGGAGCCGCUGGUAACUUCCUGUCUCCUGUAACGGGCCUGUCAUUUAAUGCCUUUAAAACUGUUAUGGAAAUUGAUGCUCAUGGAACUUUUAAUGUCAGCAAGGUCAUCUACGAGAAGUAUAUGAAGGAUCAUGGCGGAGUGAUAGUUAAUAUCACUGCCACUCUGCAAGUACGGGGUCAGGUACUCCAGGCUCAUGCUGGGUCAGCAAAGGCUGCUAUAGAGGCAAUGACCAAACAUAUGGCAGUAGAGUGGGGUAUGGAUGGAGUGAGGGUCGUGUGUGUAGCGCCGGGGCCAAUCGAGGAUACUGAGGGCAUGAGACGGCUGGAUGGUGGAAGAAUAAACGAUGCUUAUGUGAAGAGUAUACCGAUACAGAGGAUGGGAAAGAGGGAGGAGAUUGGUAACACUGUCCUAUAUGUGGUCAGUGAUGGGGCUCAACUAGUCACUGGAACAACCAUCAUAGCAGAUGGUGGAAAUUGGCUCUCCAACUCCAAUAACUACUACCAAACAAAGAAGAUGAUGCAGAAAAAGUCACAUCUGUAGAUCCAUCGGUCUAGUUAAAAGAAAAAGUGUCAAAAUUGUGACGUUAUUCUUACGCAUGGCCUAUCAUCCUGCCAGUACAUAACUUUUACAGAAGGGUAGAAUUUCUGAAGAACUUCUCCUUGAAAUGCAUGUAAAGCAUAUUGAUUAUGUUAAAGUGUUGAAAAGAUGGCCACCACUAUGUAAUACAUUACAUGUAUAUAACCAGAAAUCUUGGGAAUAGAACCCAGAGAGGCACAAUGACCUGUGAUAUUUACACACCCACUACCACCAUCUCCAACUUACUGAACUUGUGACUUUGAUAAUCGUCCCCAUCCUCACCCCAUCACCGACCCCGUCCCCAUCCUCACCCCAUCACCCGACCCUGUCCCCAUCCUAACCCCAUCACCUGACCCCGUCCUCACCCCAUCACCUGACCCCAUCUCCAUCCUCACCCCAUCCUGACCCCGUCUCCAUCCUCACCCCAUCACCUGACCCCGUCCUCACCCCAUCACCUGACCCCGUCCUCACCCCAUCACCUGACCCCGUCUCCAUCCUCACCCCAUCACCUGACCCCAUCCUCACCCCAUCACCUGACCCCGUCCUCACCCCAUCACCUGACCCCGUCCUCACCCCAUCACCCGACCCCGUCCCCAUCCUCACCCCAUCACCUGACCCCGUCCCCAUCCUAACCCCAUCACCUGACCCCGUCCUCACCCCAUCACCCGACCCCGUCCCCAUCCUCACCCCAUCACCUGACCCCGUCCCCAUCCUCAAAUCUACAUCCUGUAUUUACCCUAUAACAGAAAAUUACAAACAAUGGUGCUAAUUAUUUUGUAUAUACAUUCCAUCAAUCCUUCGUUCAUAUCUAAUUUUAUAUCACUUAAUUACCAGUGAUUAACAGGGUGAUUAGCUAAAUUACUUGGUUAGUCAAAAUCUCAUUUCUCCUUUACUUUAAAAAGCCUGUGUGUAUAUUACUUAAAGCAGCGGGUUAUUUGUACAAGAAAUUAUUGAUAACAAUUUGAAAAUUGUUGUUUAAACUGAUUAGCCUAAUCAACUUUUGAACAACGGGGGCCAUGUUGUUAUGUGUAUAUACUAGUCAUUGAUUGAAAUGUACCUUAUAUAGCUACACUAGUUACAGACUCUUUAAUCACUGGUACAAUGGACUUGAUUGAUUUUCUGCUUUUAUUAUAGUUUAAUUUGAUUACAAAAUGUGCUAGUUCUUCAUGAGUAAAAUAUGCAUGCAAAAAUGUAUGACUUUGGUGCAUAAAUGUCAUAUAAAUUUUCUUUGUAGAAUUCUCCAAAUGUUGAACUCACAAAUUAUGAAUUGCAUACAGAAUCAAGGCUUGGUUGGAGUAUAAUUUUGAUGUGGCAGUGUUGACAAUUAUCAAUGAUAUAAUGCAUAAGCAGACUGUGAUACAAAGGUUGUUCUAAUUUCAUAAUAAAGUGAUUUUUGAAAUGGUA